GCCCUUGAAUUUUCUGUUUGGGCGGGGAGUGUGUGAGAAGGCGUGGUCACGUGACUCGGGCCUACCUCAGGCUGGGGCUAAAGAUUGGAUGUCAACACGUGUUCUAAUGGAGGUGUGUGCAGAUUCAGUGGAAUCUGCUAUCAAUGCUGAAAGGGGAGGAGCAUGUCGGAUUGAACUGUGUUCCAGCCUAAUGGAAGGAGGCAUCACUCCCAGUAUCGGUCUAUUGCAGUUGGUUAAACAGUACGUGAGGAUUCCGGUGUUUGCCAUGAUACGUCCGCGAGGAGGGGACUUCCUGUACUCCGACAGCGAGAUUGAGGUCAUGAAGGCUGACAUCAAGAUGGUCAAAGCCAAUGGAGCGGAUGGAACUGUAUUUGGGGUUCUGACAGAGGAUGGAAGAGUCAACACUGAAGUAUGCAUGGAUUUGAUCGCUGAAUCACGACCUCUGUCUGUGACUUUUCACAGAGCAUUUGAUAUGGUGCGUGACCCCAUGAUCUCCCUGGAGUGCCUCAUCGCUUUGGGCUUUGAGCGGGUUCUCACCAGCGGAUGUGACAGCACGGCACUUGAGGGGCUACCUACCAUCAAGCGCCUGGUAGAACAAGCAAAACAAAGGAUCAUUGUCGUACCAGGGGGAGGGAUAACAGAGAGAAAUGUGCAGAGGAUUCUGGAAGGUUCUGGGGUCCAGGAGUUUCACUGCUCUGCCCGGUCCUCUCGAGACUCUUUAAUGAAGUUUAGAAACCCCUCUGUUUCCAUGGGAGCAUCGCUCACUAUGCCAGAGUACAGUAUGAAAGUGACAGAUACGUGCAAACUAAAAACAAUGAUUGCUAUUGCAAAGGACAUUGUAUAAAUACUGAGAAUCUAGCAACCAAGAGAACCAGGGAAUAAAUACUGCCAUUUAGAAAAACAAACAAACAUUUACCUGAUCGUGUACGGGUCUGAACAGUCCAACUAUUGUGACUUGUUUACUAACUGCAAGAAGAACAAAGAAGAGGUUUGCGUUGAACACAAUUCGUUAAAGACUUGUGGCCAAGGAACCUUUUUAUAUCACUUUUGUAUGUUACAAAUGAUCGACUCUGUUUUCAAAUCAAUGCAACCAGAAUCCUUACUCGCAGUGUCAAGCCGUGGGAAGUAGGAGCUCCAUACAGACUCAAAACACAGGGAAUGUGAUUGGCUCCCAGUGAUUGCAGCUUACUUUUGUAGAAAUUAAAAUUUGUUGAUCAAAUGCUCCAGUUACUUUCUUCAAUAUCGU